AUGGAAACACUUUAUAAAGAUCAUCAAGUAUCAAAAGGCUUCUUGGUAGGAGAAUAUAUCACCUAGGAUUUAACUAAGUAUUGCAAAAAUAAGAAUGCAGAGUAGAUCACCUUAUAGAAUCUGAGACGCAUCUAGAAGAACCCCUACUCGAAUAUGUAGAAUUUAGUAAUCAGCGAUCAAAUGGAGAGAUUAGUGCAUGAUUUGAAACAUAUCUCUGAUAAAAUAGGCUACAUACUGGACUUAUCAACGAGAUUUAAUGGCUUGGACCUUGACAAGAUCAAAAGAGUAGAAGAGCAAACCUAGAACAAUAUAAAGGUACUGUUCGGAUACACUCCAUCCUCUAAUUACUUGGGCAGAUUACUGAGCAUAGAUAACAUUCAAGAUCAGAUGAAGCAUGAUAUAGAAUUUGAGAUGAAAACUGGAAGGAAGAAUAUGCUGCCCUCGUUUAUUGGAGAGUUGAUUAUCACUGACCCUAAUGAUUACUAUCAAAAGCACAUGCUUGAUGCUUGCUAAAACUACCAACUAAUUCAUGAAGGAUGCCCUAUCUUUUUGAACUUAGGUUCAAACUCCUCUCAAAUACCUUCCUUAGUUGACAGAUUCGCAGCUACCAAGGGCAGAUCCAUAGUAUACAUGAUCUAAAAUCCCAUGAAUGAAAACUUAGAGGUUCAUCCUAGCAUUCAUUAUAUACUCAAUAACUCUGAAUCAUAUCUAUGUCUAACUCUUUACAAUCAUAAUCUUGCAAGUUAUGAUGAGGGCGAUUUAGAUCAGUCUUGUGAAAAGUAUAAACAAUCAGUUUUUGUUUUGAGGAAGUUCAUAUCUAUGAUGAUUGAUAAUGGCCAAUAGCAUAGGUUAUUAGUAUCAAAUGGAAUUCAACAUAAAACUCAUUUGUCAUUUUACGGAGGCAGAGGAUAUACAGCCUUGUUUGAUAAGCUUUUGAAAGGUUUACCUUAGGGUAUUAUAGAUUAGCUUUUGAUAUAAAACCCCAGCAGUCUAUUACUAUGGAGAGAAUAGCAGUUGGAAGAACCAUAGGCUCCUACGCCUAAAUGGGAUUGUAGAGAGUGCAAGGGUAGAUUUGAGGAGAGUCAUUAGAAAUUUGAGAAGAUGGACAAUAACUACUGCUCUAUGAAGUGCUUAGCUGCUCAUAGAUCCAAGGGAUUUGCUUGA